AAACGGUAUAGUAUGUGUGCAAAGUAUUAGGACGAAGUAAGCACACAUGUUUUGGACCUAUACGAGUAUACUGUGUCUUCACAUGGUUGAUUGCAUAUCCAUUGUAUUUUGCUCUUCAGGAGGACUUGGCAAGAAUAAGCUUAAAUCGGCAAACGUCGUAUUAUUUCUGUUCGUCAACAGCUAGAUACUCACACAUAACAGACUGAAGAAACCGAGUGGAACAUGACGAUCAAUAUUGUUAUCAACACCGUCGCAAGUGAUCAAGGAAUCUACUGACCAGCGCCCUCCCCCGUCCUUCUGCAACAACCGUCUGUCAAGCAAAGAUGUUCUUGAAGUCUUUCACGUUCAGAGCAUGGGCGUCGCUAGUCUUCGCAGUAUGUCUACUCAUCAUUGCGUAUGGUUUGCUUUUUGAACAAGGUAAAUAUGCCUUAAUCCCAAGACACAGAGAAAGCGAGUCCGGUACAGACCUCGGCAUCUACACAACAAACCAGACACGACUGGUCUACGAGUCUAAUUCCACAGGAAAGGAUGGGAUCGAUGACAUACUACAAAUGCUGUCUGAGAAUGAGGAUGAUUCUUCUGAAGGAUCCCGGCUGAAAACAACAGAAUCACCAACCCCAUCUACGUCUAAGUCUAAGCACAAAGAUCUGCGUCUAGACCAGUAUGAGAUAUUGGCCCCACCACGCAGAAAAGAAGAAUCGCAUGAUGAGUUGACUGGCAAAACUCUGACGACAAAUCCAAGUGUCCAAGUAGUAAUCGUUACCGCCAAACGAUCUGGUUCAUCAUUCGUUGGAGAGUUGUUUAACGCCAACCCACAUGUUUUUUAUUUAUACGAACCUCUCUAUAUUCCCAUGAAAUCUGUAUUAGAUCAUACAUUAAAAAAUGAUCAGUUCACCAGGAUUGCCAAAGAUGUUUGGAAUCACACAUUGAGAUGUAACUUUUCAGACGAGUAUCCAUCCAGUCGUUCUUGGUUGAACCGCGGAGAAAAAUCAUUUGAUUCAUGUAAGUCCAAUGCAGCGAUCAAGGGAUCUUCUGUGCUUUGUCCAGUGCUACUUAUACCUGAGCCUAAGAUAGGAUCUGUCUUGAAUGACUUAUGCAAUGAUCGUCCUUACACUGUUCUUAAGACAAUCCGGGUCCAGAAUAUCUCUGAAUUGAAGACAUUUAUUGAGGAUCCUGGCUUGAAUGUCAAGAUUCUUCACCUCGUAAGGGAUCCAAGGGCUGUCAUGAACUCAAGAUGGAGUCUAAAACAACCAAAUAAAGAUCUUCUCCGACGGAAGGGUCCCAGAGCAGACGAGGUCUUGGACCUGUGUGAUCACAUGCAGCGGAAUAUAGCUUUCGAUUCCAGUACUCCUGAAUGGCUGAAAGAUAGGUACAUAAGAGUUCGAUUUGAAGAUUUAGCUCAAGAUCCCAUCGGCGAAACGAAGCGAAUAUAUGGCAAGCUUGGCAUGCAGUUACACGACAAUGUAAUAUCUUGGAUUAAAAAAAAUACUCAAGGCGUAAACAAUAUUCAGGGUAAUAAAGAUCCUUUUUCUAGGACGCGUGAUACUAAAAAGGUCGUUGAUUCUUGGAGGAGUAAACUUGAUUCAAGAAAGAUUAAAAGAAUCGAAUCAUCGUGUUGGAAAACCAUGGAUGCUUUGUCAUACACACUUUCUUCAUUAAAGACAGAGCAAGAACCAAGAUAAAUUUACCUUCCGAAUAUUCUAAGCAUCUAAGGCCUUUUAAAGAACUCGGAGGCAAGGCAACAUUAGUGGGAAAGACAUACAGCCUUUCAAAACUUCGUAGAAAACAAAAUAUCGUAACGUCUAACGUUUUGUUACUUCUCCUUUUCCUGUUGGAAGGCUGCAAUUGUGAAACGUUGAAAGCUGUUGAUAAUUGUAAACAUAAUCAUUUUUAACCCUUUAAUAAUCAAAUAUUUUCUUUUUAAUUAACAACUUUGGGGCAAGCAGGGUAUGUGGUAGAAUUUAGCACGAUCAUAAACAAGUAAAGGCACUCUUAUUUGAUGUAAAGCUAAGGUACUUCGAAAAGAAGACUCUAUCGUUGUUGCAAUAUCUAACUUAUCUCAGAAAUCCACUUCUCUUCGGAUUUUUUUAUUUGACGGUUUCAUAUUAUUUGGAACAUCGAAACCUACUAUAUUUUAAGUUGAUUGAACUUUUUAAGUUGAACUGUGCAAUUUGUGCCCUCAGAAACCUUGAAGAUAUGAAAAUGAGAAAUGCGUGCACUCGUUUUCGUUUGGUGAUUGUUCAGGGCUUUCUCACAUUCUAACCCUCUCUUUUUUCUGUAUUAUAAUACAGUUUAAACCUGAUGUCAGUAUGAUAUUUCAGUGUUUAUGCAUUGUUAUAUGUGUAACUAUAUUGUGUUGUAUUUUUGGUUGUAUUUAUAAAGAUUUUGAUGUUGUAUGUCGUUUAUCAAGAUCAUGAUGGAAAACAGUUUUGCUGAUCACAAUUUCAUCCUGAAUAAAUGUUUUCAUAAAU